GUAAAAGCAUCACAUGACUAAUAGUUCCAGCUCAAAUAACGAAACUCGGUUCAGCUCACGGCAGAAACUCGCAACGCCUCCACGUUCACUUCUCAAACUCUAAUCAUUAACUCACACCAGAUCAGCAGCUUCCAAACUUAUCAAACCAAGCGGAGGAAGACGUCGAGUGUAAAGAGGUGAGACGCUGUGAUCUUCAUCAUGUAGGAAACGCUCUGUUUCAAACCCAGCUCUGUGAUUUUAAGAUUCAACCUUAUAUGUGCUUUGUGAGUUUGAUGAUUAAUGGUGGUGAUAACGGCUCAGAUAAGCAGGACUAAAGUCAACAAGUCCAAGAGUGAACGUCAAACACAGUGACUGACAUCAUGGAGCAGAACGAGGAAGAGCAAAAAGACUGGAAAUCACUGGAACCGACUCACGAGGUGAAGGUCUUCCUCACCGUUUUGUACUGCCUUAUUCUCAGCCUCGGCAUUGUGGGAAACAGCGUCACCAUUCACGUCGCACAGGUGCUUCAGCGAAACGGAUACCUGCAGAAAAACGUGACGGAUCACAUGGUUAGUUUGGCUUGCUCUGAUUUGCUGGUGCUGUUGAUCGGGAUGCCGGUUGAACUCUACAGCGCCAUCUGGUUCCCGUUCUCGUCCUCGUCCGGCGACGCCGCCUGCAGGAUCUACAACUUUUUGUUCGAGGCGUGCAGUUAUGCCACCAUUUUGAAUGUGGCCACGUUGAGUUUUGAGCGUUACAUGGCCAUUUGCCAUCCGUUCCGGUAUAAAGCUUUGGGUGGAAGCCGUACGACGAAGCUCCUGUUGUCGGCGUGGCUUUGCUCGGCCCUCGUCGCUCUUCCACUUCUCAUCGUUACAGGAACCGAAGGACACGUUCCCGAAGGACGCCGGAUGCCGGUGCAAAACCUGACUUUCUGCACCAAUCUGAGCCAGCACUGGGUCAUGUAUCGCACUAGCAUCUUCACAGCGUUCGUGCUCUAUCUUCUCGUCCUGGUUGGUGUUGCGCUCAUGUGCAGAGCGAUGAUUGUCGUUCUUCGGGGCCCGAUGGGGCCUAAUGAAUCCGGCACGAAUGGAGCCGGACGGGACGUUCCCAAACACGAGAGCGCCCGUCUGAAAGCCUCCCGAAAACAGUCCAUCCUCUUCCUCGUGCUGAUCGUCUGCGCUCUGUUCGUGUGCUGGAUGCCAAACCAGAUUCGCAGGCUGAUGACAGCAGCGUUGCCCAAGUCAUCGUGGACCGCGAGCUACCUGAGAAACUACGUGAAGCUGCAUCUGGUGGCUGACAGCUUCUUCUAUCUGAGCUCGGUGUUGAAUCCGCUGCUGUAUAACCUCUCCUCACGCCAGUUUCGCUCUGCGUUCUGGCAGACACUCCUGUGCCGUUUGUCUCUCGAGCACGUCAACAGAAGAACACUGGAAAGCAGUCAAGCCUCAAAGAGCUCCAGUAGCACCGUACGCCCCCUGCUGAGACGAUCGCUAAACCGCGUACGGACAGUCGCCAGCGACAGAUCGACAACUCCAUCGUCAGAAGAGAGACAAAGUACUCCGAACCCCACAGAGCGACAACCGGCCAGCUCUGAACCACAGGAGGAGGAGAGAACUCAAGCCACCACACUACCUAACACUAACUGAUCAACAAACUAACUGUACAACUGAAGACUGCUGACCACUAAAGACUGCUGGAGAUUGCUUUACAGCAUGCUGUAGACCACUGUAGAUCACUCUAGACCACUGUAGAUCACUAUAGACCACUGUAGAUCACUAUAGACU